AUGGGUCGCCCUCAGGAGCUCAGUGAAUUCAAAUGUGUUAUCGUGAUAGGUUGCCACCUGUGCAAUAAGUCCAUCCAUGAAAUUUCCUUGCUACUAAAUAUUCCAAAGUUAACUGUUAGUGGUAUUAUAACAAAGUGGAAGCAACUGGGAACAACAGCAACUCAGCCACAAAGAGGUAGACCACGUAAAAUGACAAAGAGGGGUCAGUGCAUGCUCAAGCACACAGUGCGCAGAAGUCGCCAACUGUCUGCAGAGUCAUUACCUAAAGACCUCCAAACUUCAUGUAUCCUUAAGAUUAGCACAAUAGUGCAUAGAGAGCUUCAUGGAAUGGGUUUCCAUGGCCAAGCAGCUGUAUCCAAGCCUUACAUCACCAAGUGCAAUGCAAAACGUCGGAUGCAGUGUUGUAAAGCAAGCCGCCACUGAAAUCAAG